CCUCGCUCUCAUCACGACAAGACCAAUAACACCUCGCAAUGGAGAACCCACACGAGUCAGAACAGAACGUCCUCCUCGAGCGCAUUAUCCGCAACGUCGACAAGUGCGACGAGGCUUUCCAGGAGCUCAAUACGUGUAUCCGGGAAAUUAUCGAGUCGUCGCUCGUCGUGCGUGCUGCGGCUGAGUUGAGCGUAAACUACGAGGCGAACACGGCGCAUUAUCUCCAGAACGUCAAGGCGAUGCGCGAGCCCAAGGCGUCCAACUCGUAGUGUUCGCGCACGCUCUACAUGGGGCGCUUGACCUGAUAGCACUCGUGCACCUGCACUCGUGAUGCUCUCAUCCACCGCAUCGCCCUAAUUCUCGACCCACCCUCGCCAUUGCAAUUAAUAAGCGGAAAACUCGCUCACCUCAUGCCGGCGCCACUGUAUGCAUGUACUCUUCUCCUGUGCAAUGACUAUGAC